CAGCCAUAUUGAAUUAACACAAAGGACUCUGAUGGUUAGUUAUCUAUUUGAUUAGAGUUUAAUCAAAGGGUUUCCUUUAUUCCUAUCUAAGCCAUUCCAAGCCCUUCAGGAAGAUAUGGACUACUAUGAAAUUUGAAACAGUGCGGGAAAAUUUAACUUAAAUUGCGCGCGCUCAUUUGUAAAGCCCCACCUUUCGAACUUCACACUAACGACUGAAAAUGGCGAAAAUGCUAAGAACAGUAACUUUAGCUGAAAAAAUUCUGUUUAAAAAUGGAUCUAAGAUCAUUGCAAAUAACUGGGCGUUGCAACUGCAGCAGUCCCGCAGUCUCAAUGUACACGAACAUAUCAGUUACACGUUGCUUAGCAAGGCCGGAAUACAGGUUCCAAAUUUUGGUGUAGCGAAAAGCGGCAAGGAAGCCAAAGAAAUCGCCACGAAACUCAACGUGAAAGACAUGGCUGUAAAAGCGCAAGUUCUCACAGGAGGUCGCGGUAAGGGACACUUUAAGAACGGCCUGAAGAGUGGUGUCCGUAUGAUCUAUUCACCGGAGGAUGCGGAGAAAGAUGUAAGUCAGAUGAUUGGGCAGCUGCUGGUUACCAAGCAGACAGGUGAAGCCGGAAUGAUAUGUAAUGCUGUUAUGGUAACCGAACGCAAGUACCCAAGGAAGGAGUAUUAUUUUGCUGUGAUGAUGGAACGAGCUUUUAACGGUCCUGUCGUGAUUGCUUCAUCACAGGGUGGUGUGAAUAUUGAGGAGGUCGCAGAAGAAAAUCCGGAUGCAAUUCUGUAUCACCCCAUUGAUAUUAUGAAAGGUCUAAGUGAAAGCGAAGGAGAAGCGAUUGCAUCGAAAGUGGGACUCGCAGAUAAGAAAUGCGAAAUAGCUAAAAUGUUGUGCGACAUGUAUAACUUAUUUAUCGAGAAGGAUGCUUUGCUAAUUGAAAUUAAUCCUUAUGCCGAAGAUACAUGUGGAAAUUACUUUGCACUGGAUGCGAAGUUCCGUUUUGACGAUAACGCCUCAUUUCGCCAGAAGGAGUUGUUUGCUCUACGAGAUUUUACACAAGAAGAUCCCAAAGAAGUUGCCGCGGCUAAAUUUGAUCUAAAUUAUAUCGCUUUAGAUGGAAAUAUUGGCUGUAUGGUAAAUGGCGCCGGUCUGGCUAUGGCGACGUGCGAUAUAAUUACACUGCACGGAGGGCAACCUGCCAACUUUUUGGAUGUUGGUGGUGGUGCCACAGCUGAUGCAGUUAAAGAAGCUUUCAAGAUUAUUACCUCUGAUCCGAAAGUACAAGCUCUGCUCGUCAAUAUCUUCGGCGGCAUUAUGAGAUGCGACAUUAUUGCUGAAGGUAUCAUAGCCGCCACGAAGGAAUUAAAAUUGAAAGUGCCAAUCAUUUGCCGUUUGCAAGGUACUAAUGUCGAUGAAGCCAAAGUUUUAAUCGCAAACUCCGGAAUGAGAAUUUUACCUAUCGACUGUUUGGACGAAGCUUCUCGUUUGGCUGUGAAAUUAUCGAACAUCAUUACCAUGGCACGAUCUGCCAAAUUAGAUGUUCAAUUUGAAAUGCCAUUGUAACAUCAUACGUAGAUUAUGUAAAUUAUUUAUUCCUAUUACUUAAUGAUAUACAAAAUUGUUUAUUAUCCCAUCACUAGGCGUUUAUGUGGCAUGAUAAAUGUAAAUAUAUGUACAUUACUUAGAUAAAUUGGUUGUUACCAAGUUCCUUUCAAAUAGUUCAAUCAUGAAUCAAAUCUCUCUUUUAAUCUAAUAAUAGCAAAAUCUAAAUGUUGUUUUAGUUGCAAUGUUACACCUAUACCAUAUUUUGUCAUUGGUUAAAAUUAUUGUAUACAAUUGAUAGUGAAGUUCUGAAGUUUUGCUAAUAACUUGUUUUAUAUAUUUUUUAAAUUUAUAUAAAGCAGGUAGUAAGACUAGGCGCACGUGUCUUUUGAUGGAGUUAAUGCGCACAUGCAUGUUAUAACAAUGUACGCUAUCAUAGGAUCAUAUCUCACGGCACACAACGUGAGACAGAUAUAAAAAGAUAAUAAUAUUUCCGUUUGGAAUGUGCAGAUGUAGAUCAAAAGCAACAUGUCACGUUCUACAAACAUGUUUUUCUCCAAUCGAUAUCCAAAGUAGGCAUUUGUGGUUGUAUUUGACAACGCAAAUGUCAUCUUUUAACAACCAGUAAAUCAGAUCUUUCAUUUUAGUGAAAAAUUUAAAUGUUUGGAAAUAUGUGAACUCGAUUGUAGAAAAAAUCUUGUGUGUAAUUCGAGCGCAAAUUUAUUGUCGAUUUGAAGAGGCAACUGUCUCUUUCAAUCGACAAUAUAUCAUUUUGCGCUCUUAAUACACAAAUAGCUAUUACACGCGCUAUUUCUGGGGCGUGCAAUCUUAUAUUUUUUCCCGCGCAUUUGUUGGUGGUGUGUUUUGUUUUUAAUACAUAGUUUUUUAAAGUGCACUGUUAGGUAGUUUGCGAGUACCUAUUGGAGGUUGAAAAUUAUGCAAUAAAUUACGUAUUCAAUGGUUAUA